GUGCAUGGCAUCAAUGGGGAACGUAGUUUUCCUUUCGGUAUUAAGCAAAUAAAAUUAGAAUGUUUUGAAAUUUAAUUCAAUAAUAUAUUAUAGCAUCCUUCAGUUUUUACAAACCCAUUAAAACUGCUAUGAAACAAUCUCAAGGCUUCUUCUGUUUGAUACUAAGCGCAUUUGAUUAGGAAAAUAUGGCAGCUGUAGACCAAGAGCAACAACAACAGCAGCAGUGUCAGGAAAGGCCUCCAGUCACUCAAUUAGAAUUCCGACAGGCGAUGAGAGACUUUAAAACGAUGUUUCCAGAAAUGGAUGAGGAUGUUAUUGAGGUGGUUCUACGUUCCAACAAUGGAGCAGUCGAUUCCACUAUCGAUCAGCUGCUCACAAUGAGCACGGACAAUGAGAACGAGAAGCUGAGGACAGAACUGGAUGCCACCGAGAAUGACGAGCUGCCCCCUUGCUAUUCACCUUCCACACCACCCCCUUCAUACAAUCAGGCUGUUCCUUAUGCUCAGAGUCCAGCUCAUGCUUUGGCGGCAGGGGAUACCGAUGCAUCGAAUGUGACGCCUCGUGAGGCCUGUGCAAAGCAACCUACUGUACAGCCCCAGCUUCCUACUGAAAAUGGUAGGCUAUCUGAUGUAUCUGAAUGUUCUGAGAUUUCUAUUGAAGCCAGUAGGUCUGAUGUGGCUAUGAAAGUGUUAAAGAAUUGGAAUCCUCCUCUUUUAGGAGAACUUCCCCCUCAAUUUCUAAAAAUCAGUGGCCUAUCUGUUGUACAACCAAGUGUUAAAAAAGUGACUGUGUUGAGCUCGACUGUCCUUCAACAGAGGAUGGAGGAGAAUGAGCGUAAGAGAAAUGACAGCACAUCUGCAAAUGACCCUGAAUUGACACAGUAUUUGGAAGAUGAAAGAAUAGCAUUAUUUCUACAAAAUGAAGAAUUUUUUCAAGAACUGAAAGAUAACAAAGAGUUUCUCUCCACGCUAGAAAGAGAAGUUUCAUCACCUGAAGAGGAGGAAGCAGAUGGGGAAGAGGUGACCGAGGAAUUGGAUUCAGGUUACCCUUAUUGUGAGAGUGCUCAACCUGAAGAAACAGAUGCUGCCUUUAGAGAAAAGUUGAAAAACAUGGGAAAAGUAUCUCGAAAGAAGUUCACCCAGCUAGCAAAGUUGUUUUCAAGGCGAAAAAGACGAUCUUUCAAGCCCAUGUUGGAGGACCCGGAGGCAGAUCUCAGACCAUAGAACGGUCAAAGAUGGAUUCAUCCUAGGGCUCAUCAUUCUACACAAAGUGUGCUUAUUAGUGUCAUAUUAUAUAUUUACAUAGAGGAAUUAAAUUUUUUUCCCCACUGAAUAUCUUUGCAUGUAAUUGUGUAUUUUGGAUACAAUUCAAUAUAUUGCUUUUGUGCUCU